CUUUGCGUAGCUCUUCCACUUGGACUCUGACAGGAAUGUAUUGAAGAUAUAGAAAUAAUCUUGUCUGAAAUAUCUGCAUCAGCUCCUGUAUCUUGAAUGGAAUAUUGCUGCUGGGAGUGGCACUUGGCUUUGUGUGUUUGAGACGCCUCCACGGGAGCGGCUGUAGAUUUGGACCUGAGGACUGAGAUGCUCCUCUGUCUAAGGGAAGAAGAAAUGUCACAUCAAGAACUCACACAGCGACUGGUCAAUGUCAUCACUCAUGUUGAAAAUGGAUUUGGUACUUCAGAGAUACUAAGUGAAGCCUACAGAUAUCCAGCUAAAAACUUAUACAGCAGAAAAGAUGAGAUUAUGCAACAAGAAAUAAGGCCCCUACUUGCAGUUGAUAUCAUCGAGCAACUACAUAAACAGUUUGCUAUCCUAUCAGGAGGACGAAGCAGAGAUGGCGCACCAAUCAUCACUUUUCCCGAACACACUGACUUUGGGGACCUUUCUGAUGAGGAUUUUCUUAAUGUUGUAACAUACUUGACCAGCAUUCCAAGUCUGGAUGCUGCCAGUAUUGGAUUUAUCAUAAUUAUUGACAGAAGAAGAGACAAAUGGAGUUCAGUCAAAGCAUCAUUAAUGCGUAUAGCGGGAGCAUUCCCAGGGAACCUGCAGCUUGUGUUUGUGCUACGGCCUUCCCGGUUCAUCCAGCGGACCAUUGCAGAUUUUGUUAUCAAGUUUCAGCAAGAUGACUUUAAAAUGAAGGUACCGAUCAUCAUGUUAAAUACUAUAGCGGACUUGCACAACUACAUUGAGAAAAGUCAGUUAACAAAGGACUUGGGAGGUACUCUGGAAUAUUGUCAUAAUCAGUGGAUUCACCAUCGAACUGCCAUUGAAAACUUUGCAAUGACUGUAAAGGUGACAGCACAGUUGUUACAGUCGUUCGGCACUGAGCUUGCAGAAACGGAAUUACCCAAUGAUGUCCAGUGUACAAAAUUGCUGCUCACCACUCACUCAGAAAAACACAAUGAUCUCAAGGAUAAACUAAAAUCGGCAGUUACAGAAGGUAAUACUUUACUGGUACAUAUUAAGGAGCCAGUUACUAAAAAUCCUAAUUAUAAUCUGAAUUCUGAUGAACUGGAAAAUAUGGCUACUGUUGAAAGGUUACUGAUACAACUGGAAGAAACUGAAAAUGCUUUUGACCAGUUUUGGUCCAAACACCAUCUCAAGCUUGAACAAUGCCUACAGUUACGACAUUUUGAACAAGACUUUCGAGAGGUGAAGACCAUUCUGGAUUGUCUGAUGGAAACACAGGCAACAUUCACUGAUAUUGGCGACAGUGUAGCGUGUGUGGAACACCUCCUAAAGGAACUGCAACUUCAGGAGGAGAACGCACAGGAAUCCUUAAGAAAGGCACAAUCUUUAGCUCAGCACGGAGACCAGCUUAUCCAAAGCAACCACUAUGCCAUCGAUUCCAUCCGACCAAAGUGCAAUGAACUUAGACGUAUAUGUGAUGAUUUUACCAAUGAAAUGAAGAAAAAACAUGAUGUUCUUGGAAAAUCACUUGAAGUCCAUAGGCAAUUGGAUAGUGCAAAGGAAUGGUGUGAAACAGGGAUCUAUCUCCUAGCAUCUCAAGCAGUGGAUAAAUGCCAGUCACAAGAAGGAGCAGAGGCAGCACUCCAGGACAUCGAGGGUUUUCUGGAAACUGCUGCACACCACAAACUAACUAACCCCAAGGAGUUGCAUAAACAAUUUGAACUCUUUCUUACCUCAGAAAUUAAGGCUAAAAUACAGGCACAUCUCGAAAAGCUAGAAAAUGUUUAUGAAAUGUUUGAAAAACGUCAAGCUAGUUUAAAGAAACUAGCAGCGAAACAGACUCGUCCAGUUCAACCUGUUGCCCCACGACCUGAAUCAUCUCCAAAACGUUCCUCACCAAAACCAGUUAAGGCACCUGUACUCACUCCCAGUAGAAGGAGUUUAGAUAACAUUAGCAACACAAAGCUGCCAAUUGACACAGAAUUAGCGAAGAAACGAAACAUAAAGAAACCAAAAGGAAACUUAAAGAUUGAGGUGAUGCUUGAAGCCAGUCAAGGGGGAUCCAGUCCCAUCCAAGUGACAACUGAAAGUGAAGAGAACCUGUCUACAAGGAGGAGGCAUAUCAUGAAUGAACUGAUUGACACAGAACGGGCAUAUGUAGAAGAACUCCAGAGCAUCAUUGAGGGUUAUGCUACAGAAAUGGACAAUCAAGAGCUGGCUCAUCUGAUCCCAGCUGCACUUAAGAAUAAAAAGGAAAUCCUAUUUGGAAAUCUUCCAGAAAUCUAUGAUUUUCAUAAUAGGAUAUUUUUGAAAGAGCUUGAAAAUUGCGUGGAGAAUCCUGAGCUAGUAGGAACAUGUUUUUUAAAGCGAAAAGAGGAGUUACAAAUUUAUGAAAAAUAUUGUCAGAACAAGCCCCGUUCAGAAGCCCUCUGGAGACAGUGUGGAGAUUGCCAAUUCUUUCAGGAGUGCCAGCAAAAACUGGAUCAUAAACUGUCAUUGGAUGCCUACCUUUUAAAACCUGUUCAGAGGAUUACAAAGUAUCAACUUCUCUUAAAGGAAAUGCUGAAGUGCAGUAAGAAUUCAGAAGGCACUGCUGAAUUGGAGGAAGCACUAGAGACAAUGAUUAGUAUAAUUAAAUCAGUGAAUGACUCAAUGCAUCAAAUUGCCAUUACAGGAUUUGAGGGCAAUUUAAAUGAUCUUGGGAAACUCUUGAUGCAAGGAUCCUUUAACGUGUGGACAGACCACAAGAAGGUUCACAGCAAGGUCAAAGACUUGGCACGGUUCAAACCAAUGCAAAGGCAUUUGUUCCUAUACACAAAAUUACUGUUGUUCUGCAAGAAAAGAGAGGAGAAUGCAGAUGGGCAUGAGAAGUCUCCCUCAUACAGCUUUAAACAUUCGCUAAAGAUGAGUGCUGUUGGUAUCACAGAAAAUGUUAAAGGUGAUAUUAAGAAAUUUGAGAUUUGGUACAAUGGCAGAGAAGAAGUAUACAUUAUUCAGGCAUCAUCGGUAGAACUGAAGAAUCUAUGGGUUUCUGAAAUACGGAAAGUACUAACAGGACAAUUGCAAGCCUACCGAGAAGCAAGCCAGCUAAACCAGAGGAUCCAGGAACAUGUUUAUCAAGCUCCAUUGACCACUCCGAACAGAUACAUGAGGAAAUCAUCUUUACAGCAACAAGACAACAAGGGUGAAACAUCCAGUUCAGAACUAAACAAGCAACAAGAGAACUGCAGCUUCAAUAACAGACAAAAGAGAGAAUCACAGUCUAAGGAACCAACAGUAAUCCGUCGUAUUUCCUUAGCUUCCUCCAUCAGUGCUUCACAAAGCAAAGGAUCACUUUCUGGCCCAGAUGUUAAAGCUAAAAGAUAUGAAAUAAAGAGUGAUCCAACCCCACUGGGGUUUGAAGAUCCACUGUCCGACCCUUUCAUGACGGCAGCAAAGCGUCACAGCACAACCAGCUCUGUAACAAGAUCAGUUUCACAAACAGGCUGGCCAUGUAAAACAAUCCCAUCAUUGGACACCACAGAGGAUUUUGAAACGAUUCCUUCAAGUAUGGAUGAACUUUCCAACUCGUCAGAUAUAGAUGAAGAAAUAUCAAGUAAAACUAUUCCAAGUCUAUUCCGGGUAGAGGGCAUCUGUGAAUCCAAUUCCACUGAGGAACUUGCAGUACAGAAUGGUGAAGUGGUUGAGAUGCUGCAAGAGGGAGAAGAGGGACAGUGUCAAGUAAGAAGUCUGGUAACUUAUAAAGCAGGGUGGAUUGCUUCCAGCUUUCUACAGCCAGUUGGCUCAGAACUAAACCCGGAUCAGACUGAUAAUAAUUCAGAUUUUUACAGUGACAUGUGUACAGCAGCACUCGCUGAUAGUGAAGACAAGGAGAGUGUGCACCUCGAAAGCUAUACUUCAGGGACCAGGACCGAAAGCUGAUCUUGCUGUAACCUUACUUUGUCCCUCAAACUUCGGGCUUCUGUCAGGCCUACAACAAUGAAGGUUCUUGGAAUACCUCAGUCGCUGGGCACAUGAAGUGAGAAAGUACCGUGUUACUGCUGAAGAAUUGCAUAGCUGUGUGUAAAGAAUUGAGUUGCUUUGUUUGUAAUGAAUUCAUUUGUUCAUGACAAGUGCUCCUCAGUGGUAUAACAGGAUGAGUGUUAGCAGGGAUCAUGUUCUGAAGACAUAUGCAAAUCUGUUUUAUGCAGUUAAUGUUUUGGCCUUCCACUAAUCUAUAUUGCUUGAUGGAACAAACUAAAUUAAAUGCAGUUCAAAUGCAGUUAAUAAAUCCAAUUUGGAGGCUUUUGACAUGUCAUGAUAAACCAAGCCAGUACUUCAUGCUUUAACUUUUGUUACAGUGCUUCCACAAGCACACAGAUAAUCUGUUUGAUCUGAGCCCUGUGGUAUUUCAAGUUACAUGAUGUGAGCAAGUACAGAGGUAUCAAGGGGCUAAACAUCAUCAUAGGUGGGUACACUGAUGACGCAAGUGAAAAGAAUUUUCUCAGGAAAUAGUUUCCACUCCUCAGAGGAUGUGUGCUGGUCUGUACUUUGUUAGAUGGCUGUGCUGUCGUGCAACUUCUGCUCAACUAAUAGUGGCCUUUAGCUACACCUUUGAGACAACCACUGUGGUGAGAAAGAAAACCUAAAGAUUUGCAUGAAAAGUGACACAAUACAGCCAGUAAAAGAUGUUCAAACUGCUGAUGAUACUUCAUUUAAAGGUACUGUAUGAAAGCAGUAGGAUGGUCCAUGCUGCAUGCUGUAAUUGUAUUUUAUUGAAUAUUUCAACAGGAUCCUUAUACUUUAAGGCAAACUUACUUAAUUUGAAAGGUAUAAUGAAUCUUCUAAAGAUUGAUCAAUGUGAAAUGUUUUGUGUACCUUUAUCAGAGACAGGUGUAAAUUUAUGUGAGGGAUGUUUUUGCUUACUGUAUGAUUUGCAGGAUUGGAGGCUAAUGUUUGAUUAUGACUAAACGUGAAUAAAAAGAAGGGAGCAUUGGUUUACUAUAAAGUUCAGACAAUGAAAUAACCAGAUUAUUUGAUCUUGUUGAGAUAAAGUAUGGAGAAAAGAUGAAAUUUCAUCACAUCUCCGCCAUAAAUUGGCACAGGAGCAUAGUGAUUAGCAUGACGCUUUCCAAUACAGGCAAACUGGGGGGGGGCUCAAUUCUCACCAUGACCUGUACGUUCUCCCCAUGGCUGUGUGGGUUUCCUCCGGGU